AUGCAUCUUAUCCACAGCUCAAGGGUUUUGUGUUACGAUGCACGGAAAAUCCAGAAAGAAGUGGCCCAGAACGUAAUCACUAUCGGCACUUCAAUUGUACUAGUGCAUCUUGGAGACUGCUCCAUGCCUGCAGUGGUGCAUUUCGAUCAGAAUAUUCCACCAAACGGCUUUAUCCUGCCAUCGUUCUGGUUCUACUGGUCCGGUCACGGUAAAGCAAUCAUCCUCACUAAGUUACGACGUACAGGUCCCUACGUGUACAAAAGAUCGGGUUUUGUUGGUGCCAAUAUAAGACUGUGGACUGCUUUCAAAGAAUACAAGGAGUCAGGAGUGGAAGAAGAGACUUUCUACUUGGUCUAG